AUGAACAUUUUUGCAUUUCCUAAUGUGUGUUCUCUACAGGUCAGUGUCCUGGUGAACACAACAACAAAGGACCUGAACCUGUCAUCAGGGCCAGUGUCGAAGGCGAUCCUCAGCAGGGCGGGGCAAGACAUCCAGCAGCAGUGUCAGCAUAACUGCCCCCAGGGGAUUGGCUUCGGGGAGAUCUGUGAGACGGAUGGGGGCAGUCUCACCUGCAAGCAGAUCUACCACACCUGUCUGCCUAAUUGGGGUGCUGAUGCUGAGCAGGUGCUGCGGAAUCUCAUUGAGAUGUGUCUCACAGAAGCAGAUAGGUGUAACUAUGCCAGUAUAGCUUUCCCUGCUGUUGGAACAGGUGUGCUGAAGUACCCCCCACAGACUGUCGCCAAGGCAUUCUUUGAGACAAUUCUUGACUUUGUCAAUAACACGUCAAAUAUUAGCCUGACCCUAGUCCGAGUUGUCAUUCACCCCUCCAAUGAUACAGUGAUACAGGCAUUUGAGACUGUGAAGACCAACUUUGCUCAGGAACUUACCAUCAGCCAGCUCUCUAGAACAAAGUUCCAGUGUCUCAAGUUAAACCACAACCACAACCUCAGGCAUCAAUGUUUGCGGUGGUGGUUUCCCAAAUAA